AUGGGAAAUGCUGAAUUUUCUGCUGAAACUGCUGAACUUACAGAGAGCUCGUUUCGCAAUGAGUUGAUUGCUCUCAUGAUUCUUCUCUCGCUGUUCGUCGUGGGAGCAGUCAUUUAUUUUAUUUUUCGUUCGAUGGUGUACAUCAAAAAGGAAAAGGCUCAGGAGAAGCUACCAAUCAAUUCAUUCGCUCCAAUUCAUCUCCCAUAA